ACUGAACGCCAUUUUGUUUCUCUCCAACCCCAAAAGAAGAGGUACACACAUUGUGAGGGCAGAGAAUUAAAAAAGAAAAGUGUCUGAAGAAGAAAAGCAGCUCCUCAGUAUCUGCAGUGGUUGAGGAAAACCAGUUGUUUUUUAUUUGGAUGCACAGUUUGAAGAAGUUUUAUGUACUAAAAAUUGUCCAGAUAUCCUUGACUUGCAGAAGGCAUCUCAGAAUGUUGUCUCGAGCUGCUCUGAGACCUCUUGUCCGUUCCCCUGGAUGGUGCUUUGUGUUGCCACCACAUGCCAUCGCAGCUGUUUCCCCUUUGUUUCUCCCUCACUGUGGCCAAAGGUCAGGGAACAGCUCCGUCCGCCGUUGGAGCAACAUCCCGUUCCUGACGGUGCCGCUCAGCCGGGCGCACGGGAAGCCGUUUGCGCACCGCAGCGAGCUGAAGCACGCCAAGCGCAUCGUGGUGAAGCUGGGCAGUGCUGUCGUGACCCGAGGGGAUGAGUGUGGCUUGGCCCUUGGGAGGCUGGCAUCUAUCGUAGAGCAGGUGUCAAUGCUGCAAAAUCAGGGCCGAGAGAUGAUGAUUGUCACCAGUGGUGCUGUAGCUUUUGGAAAGCAGCGGUUGCGUCACGAGAUCUUGCUUUCUCAGAGUGUGAGGCAAGCACUUCAUUCAGGCCAGAGUCAGCUAAAAGAUAUGGCCAUUCCAGUCUUGGAGGCCCGAGCCUGCGCCGCAGCUGGCCAGAGUGGACUAAUGGCUCUGUAUGAGGCCAUGUUUACACAGUACAGCAUCUGUGCAGCUCAGAUUCUAGUCACCAAUCUGGAUUUCCAUGAUGAACAGAAGCGUCGAAACUUAAAUGGAACAUUACAUGAGCUUUUAAGGAUGAAUAUUGUCCCCAUAAUUAACACUAAUGAUGCUGUUGUUCCACCUCCAGAGCCAAACAGUGAUCUUCAGGGGGUAAAUGUGAUUAGUGUGAAGGACAAUGACAGUCUGGCAGCAAGACUGGCUGUGGAAAUGAAGACUGAUCUCCUGAUUGUUCUCUCAGAUGUAGAAGGACUCUUUGACAGCCCUCCAGGAUCUGAUGAUGCAAAGCUCAUUGACAUAUUCUAUCCAGGAGACCAGCAGUCUGUAACAUUUGGAACCAAAUCCCGGGUGGGAAUGGGAGGCAUGGAAGCCAAGGUGAAAGCAGCUCUGUGGGCCCUCCAAGGAGGCACGUCUGUAGUGAUUGCAAAUGGAACCCACCCAAAGAUCUCGGGUCAUGUCAUCACAGAUAUUGUGGAAGGGAAAAAAGUCGGAACUUUUUUUUCAGAGGUAAAACCUGCAGGUCCUACAGUAGAGCAGCAGGGUGAGAUGGCUCGAGCUGGUGGUAGGACCCUGGCAGCUUUACAGCCUGAGCAGAGAGCAGAGAUUAUUUAUCAUCUUGCUGACUUACUAACUGACCAGAGAGAAGAAAUUCUUUUGGCAAACAAAAAGGACUUGGAAGAGGCCGAAAACAAAGGGAGAUUGGCACUUCCUUUGUUGAAACGUCUAAGUCUGUCCACGUCAAAGCUGAACAGCUUGGCUAUUGGUCUGCGCCAGAUCGCAGCGUCCUCCCAGGACAGCGUGGGCCGUGUCCUUCGGCGGACACGAGUAGCAAAAGACCUGGAUUUGGAGCAGGUGACAGUGCCUAUUGGUGUCCUUCUCGUGAUCUUUGAGUCCCGUCCUGACUGUCUUCCACAGGUGUCUGCUUUGGCCAUAGCCAGUGGAAACGGCUUGCUACUUAAAGGAGGGAAAGAGGCAGCACGUAGCAAUCAGAUUCUUCAUCAUCUGACUCAAGAAGCACUCUCCAUCCAUGGAGUCAAAGAUGCAGUUCAACUAGUGAACACAAGAGAGGAAGUAGAAGAUCUUUGCCGUCUGGAUAAGCUGAUAGAUCUAAUCAUCCCACGUGGUUCAUCACAGCUAGUAAGGAACAUCCAGAAAGCUGCCAAGGGAAUCCCAGUGAUGGGACACAGCGAAGGGAUCUGUCAUGUCUAUGUGGACACAGAUGCCAGUGUUGAGAAGGUCACACGAAUAAUCAGAGACUCGAAGUGUGAAUAUCCUGCUGCCUGCAAUGCUCUGGAAACUCUCUUAAUUCAUCGAGACUUGCUGAGAACCCCGUUGUUUGAUCAGAUCAUAGACAUGUUGAGAGUGGAACAGGUAAAGAUUCAUGCUGGCCCGAAGUUUGCAUCUUACUUGACAUUCAGCCCUUCAGAAGUGAAGUCACUCCGCACGGAAUACGGGGACUUGGAGUGCUGCAUUGAGGUGGUGGACAGUGUCCAAGAGGCUGUUGAACAUAUCCACAAAUAUGGAAGUUCUCACACAGAUGUUAUAAUCACAGAAAAUGAGAAAACAGCAGAGUUCUUCCUCCAGCAUGUGGACAGUGCUUGUGUUUUCUGGAAUGCCAGUACUCGGUUCUCUGAUGGCUAUAGAUUUGGACUCGGUGCUGAAGUGGGAAUUAGUACUUCUCGUAUCCAUGCACGUGGACCAGUGGGAAUUGAAGGACUCUUAACCACAAAGUGGUUGCUGAGAGGAGACAAUCAUGUUGUUUCUGACUUUUCAGAGCAUGGGAGCAUGAAGUAUCUUCAUGAGAGCCUCCCUCUCCCUCAGAGGAAUACCAACUGAGAACAUUAGGGUAGGGGUGAAAACCCAGUGGUGUAAAUAUUUCCUGAAGGAGUUCAGGCUUCCAGGGCACUCUCUGGGGAGGGAGUUUCUUUUUAAUCUUCAGGAACAUUGUUCUCUGUCACUGUGCAGUACAAUGAAUAUAAAAUGAUCCCAUAUCUGAGAUUUUUUUUUUUCCCUGCCUGUUUCAGUUUUAUUAGUAUCUGCACACUGAUCUCACUUUUCCCAGAGGCAGACCUUCAAAACAUACAGCUACCACAAGGAAAUAUUUAAAGAUCUGCUGCAUUCUUCUUUAAUCCUAAUGCUCCCUACAGCAAAUAUGCUUGGUAGUGGAGUACAAGUAUUUUUUUAAGUCUCUUUUUUUUUUAAUUCAAAUACCUGUUCUAGAGAACAAACUUGAUUUUUUUUUUUCUUAAGUCUUCUGAUCAUAGCAGCUCUGUAAAACUGGAAAGCUUUACACUUUCUUUAUAUUUGGUCGCUCUUGUGAUAAAGGGGUAGAUGUUCUAAAUGCAUAGUAAGCUUUUGACAAAGAAACCUUUUAUAUCUAAUUUCUUUCUUUUUUUGCCUAUUGUAGAUAAUUAACACAACUGUCUACUAUGUUAGCUUUGUUACUUUUUUGUACCAAAGGUUUAUUUUUCUUUGGUUUUCUAUAAAACUCAACCUUCUACAGCCCCUCCUCUGAAAGCAAUGCUACUUUGGCUUUUCCUGAAUAAAGGUCUCAAGAAAUGC